UAUUUAUGUUGCUAGCUGCGGAUGAAGAAGUAUGAUACAUCAGUUCUCCUGCGAUCAGACUCACUACUUUGAUAUGUCUCGUCCUGCUUAAUACCUAGCGCCUGUGCCACUGAGUGGACGGGCUACUACAUUUCAAGCUUAUAUUAAUGCUCUUGAAUGGUUUUCGUUUUGGCUGAUUUACCCGGCCCAUCAGGAUGUUGGUUUUCGUCGUCCUUGUGCCACCUUUGUUUUGCAGUGGAUCCACCGACUGACAAGCAGGCAGGGGCACAUCCACAUUAUGACCGAAUAACAAGUAAGAUGAAGCCUGCUCUCUGCGUCAUCUGCGAGUCUCCGACCUGAACUCGAAAAUCAAGUAAAAACUCGACGUUCUUGGUUUGUGACGAGUCAACCGCAACUGUCUUCAAAGUGCCGAGGGCUUGGGUGUGGACUAUAUCCUGAGCUAUGCUCUUGCGCAACUGAAGAUACUUCCACUCGGUUCCCAACGAAACGGAAGGGAGACGCCGAAGGAGGAAUAUUUCACCUUAAAAGUUGUCGCGGAGGUCGUCGAGACUCAGCACCAGAAUCGUUGUUUUUAUUAAGGCCAUUCUAUCAAGUUCUUUGAGUAUAAUUUAACUUCUAGAGCUUUUAGGUACUUUGAGUAUAAUAAUAACUUCUAGAGUUUUAUUGAGUACCAAUGAGUAAGUGUAAGAAUAACAACUUGGAGCAGGACCUGGCGCUCCAACUGAGAGCUCCAAUUCUGUUGUCCCGUCACAAAGGAAUUACUGAACUGAGCCGCUCCGGCUCCCCGUAAACUCCCCUUUCUCUUUUCGUAAGAUCCAACCCAUGAGUGGCGGUAUGGGUAUAAGUACCAAAAACUCCAAUGGACUUCUAGGACCAGUUCGAUCACAGAAGUGAUGUUUCAU